GCCAGCUGUUCGCUGGGGGCGGCGGGCCCGAGCGCCGGGAGUCUGGGGAGGGGGAAGCGCCCGACAGCCGCCUCCGCCACUGCAGCUACAGCCCCCGAUGUCGCCACAGUAAUCGCAGCCGAGGCAGCACCCGCACCCUCUCCGGCCGCAGCAUCAGCACCGCCGAGCCGAGUACGGAGCCCGCCGCCCCGCAGGAUGGCUGUAGCCCCUCCAAGUUACUGUUUCGUGGCCUUCCCGCCACGUGCGAAGGACGGUCUGGUGGUAUUUGGGAAAAAUUCAGCUCGGCCCCGGGAUGAAGUGCAAGAGGUUGUGUAUUUCUCGGCCACCGAUCAUGAACCCGAGAGCAAGGUUGAGUGCACUUACAUUUCAGUUGACCAAGUCCCCAGGACCCAUGCCAUCAUGAUCAGCAGACCUGCCUGGCUGUGGGGGGCAGAAAUGGGAGCCAAUGAGCAUGGAGUGUGCAUAGCCAACGAAGCCAUCAAUGCCAGAGAACCGGCCGCAGAGACGGAAGCCUUGCUGGGGAUGGACCUGGUCAGGCUUGGUUUAGAGAGAAGCGCAACAGCUAAAGAAGCCUUGGAUGUCAUCGUCGCCUUGCUGGAGGAACAUGGACAAGGCGGGAAUUAUUAUGAAGAUGCAGGCUCCUGCCACAGCUUCCAAAGUGCGUAUCUGAUCGUGGACUGCGAGGAAGCCUGGGUGCUGGAGACCGUGGGGAAGUACUGGGCUGCGGAGAAAAUCACGGAGGGAGUCAGGUGCGUUUGCAAUCAGCUGUCACUCACGACUAAGAUCGACGCAGAGCACCCUGAACUCAGGAGUUAUGCUCAGAGUCAAGGCUGGUGGACGGGAGAGGACGAGUUCAAUUUUUCUGAUGUUUUUUCUCCAUCUGAUGACCAUCUAGCCUGCUGUUCAGGCAAAGACAGCUUGGAAAAGCAGGAAGAAAGCAUCACUGUGCAGACUAUGAUCGACAUCUUACGGGACAAAGCCAGUGGAGUCUGUAUAGACUCCGAGUCUUUCCUUACCACAGCCAGUGUAGUGUCUGUUCUGCCUCAAAACAGAAGCUCGCCAUGCAUUCACUACUUCACUGGGACCCCCGAUCCUUCCAGGUCCAUAUUCAAGCCUUUCAUCUUUGUCGAUGAUGUAAAACUCGUCCCCAAAGCACAGUCUCCCUGCUUUGGGGACGACGACCCGGCCAGAAAGGAGCCCCGGUUCCAGGAGAAGCCAGACCGCCGGCACGAGCUGUACAAGGCCCACGAGUGGGCUCGGGCCAUCAUCGAGAGUGACGAGGAGCGAGGUCAGAAGCUGAGGACGACCAUGCUGGACUUGGAGCAGCAAGGCCUGGAAGCCAUGGAGGAGAUCCUGAGCAGCUCUGCCCCCCUGGACCCCGCCGAAGUGGCGGACCUCUUCUAUGACUGUGUCGACACGGAGAUUAAGUUCUUUAAGUGAAGUAAGCAUUCGCUGUCUCCUCCUUACCGAAAAUUUCCCACCUGACCACAUUACCAGCAAGACAAACCACUCUCCCGUCUGAGUAAAACGAGAACCUUCCGAUG